CUUGGAUUAACCUACCAGGCGAGCAGGAUAUUCUGUACUCAUAUCGAGGCUGAGGAAAUAUAUCUUGACAGUGAAUAUGUGUUGCCAAUCGUGACUACCAGAAUGCCACUGUCGAGUCGGAGCACACUUCACCAUCUACAGUCACUGCUCCUAUCUUCACAUUUCUCACCUCCAGCCCUGUACUCAGAAUGCCACCCUUCAGUGCCUCUGACACCAGUCUCUACCGCAAAGAUGUUGCAUCCGGUGGUCGUACACUCACUCCAGCAGAGCGAGAAAAGCUCCUUCAACAAUACCUCCCACCACCACCUUCAGACUCUCCCAGGAUGGACACCCGCUCCUCGACAACAACUCCCCGACAGAAACUGAGGGGCCAUAAGAGACGGGUCCGUCCCUUCCUAAAAACCAAGCUUCACUUCCUCAUCUUCUUCCUCAUCCAACUCGUCUUCGGCAUCUACAUUCGUCUGCGCCAGAUCUACCAUGCCACACUCGACCGGCUACUAGCCAUCCGACACUACCACCACCGCACGCCCGAAUACAUUCAACGCGACGUCAAGAACCUCGAUCGAAUACCCGAACACCUCAGCGUCGUACUGAAAUUCAAAUCUGAGGAGGAGGGCGGCCUUGAAGCGCUCACGGACGAGGUGGCAGAAUUGAGUGCUUGGUCUGCGUCCGCAGGAAUACCAUUGCUGAGUGUAUACGAAAAAUCGGGCAUCCUGAAAACAUACAUGGCGUCUCUACAAGCACUGGUUAACCAAAAACUCGCUGCUUACUUCGGUCCUGCCCCGGCCGCACCAAGUCUGAGAGUUUUUGCGCCAAAUCUCCCAUCUACGAGCCCCUCGCCAUCUCCUUCACCUCGGAUACCAGCUCAGACAGAGAAUGGUUCUACCAGUCCCCAACGACAGCACCUCGAUCUGCUGCUUCUUUCUGCUACGGAUGGCAGAGACACGCUUGUCGACUUGACAAGGACUCUAGCCGAGAUGGCACAAUCGCACAAGAUCAGGCCGAAGGACAUUACAUCGAAUCUCAUAAACACUGAGAUUAGAGCGACGACUGCCAUCACAGGCACGAGGCACCCCACAGCCCCGGCAGUGCGGAAAGAAGUCGAAGCUGGAGAACCAGACCUUGUCAUAGUCUUCGGACCCUACGUCAAGCUUGACGGCUAUCCACCCUGGCAGAUACGCUUGAGUGAGAUUUUCUGUGUCGGAGAUUCAGGCGGCGAUGUGUCGGGCAGUGCAAGUACCAGAGUCGAGUACCAGGCCUUCCUGAGAGGGCUCUGGAAAUACGCCGGUGCUGAAAUGAGAUUUGGCAGAUGAGACCGGACGUCUCAUCCAUUAGGACAGAUACCCCGUAUGCCGUCCCGGCAAGCUGAUAAGACAGUGUA